GAAUGCACUGAAUUGACGGAAAUGUACACGGGAGAAAAUAAUACCAUUCAUUUGAUUGCAAAAAUUUCUGCUGUCUGUGCUCUUGCUCAGAGUCUCGUGAAGCAAGUUGUGAAGUUGGUCGGAAGAAAAGUUGAAAAUUUCGCUAGUUCAUAAAGUUUGGAUUAUUAAGCUAUAGUCGCGAUCGAUUUGAUAAGGUACAUUAAAACGAUUUACAGUAGUUUUGGUCUUUGAACGAAACGUUUGUAGGCGAAAAUAUACAAUCUGAUUGUAGCUCUACUCGAAUAUUCGGAUCGCCUUGUAUGUGCGGGUGUGCAGUGAAAAGUUUGUUCCAAAGUCGGUUCUAGCUGAUUGUAAAACUACCUAUUGCUUUCCAUAAUUGUUUUCAGUGCUAGUUAUAAUAAACUCGAACUGUGCUUCCUUAUGUGAGCAGAAAAAGUGGAAAAUAAGCCGAGAGGGUACUUCAAACGAAAGCGUUGGCUGUCAACGCAGUGGGACGCAAAAGUCAAAAGCUACGCGUUUACGCGCUUAGUGUGCACGCUCGUUCGCGUGUAUUCGAAAGGUUGUGUGUAGUGGACGACGGGGGGACUACACGACGCUCGCCGCACGAUUCGCUGCUUACUGUACAUUGAACUAGCCCUUAGCUCAAACCUUAUGUACGUUCGUGUGUGGGAAUUGGUUACAUGUAGAAGAGUAAACACAAGUAUUUUGUACUGAAUUCCGCAAUCGGCACUACACCAAAAAUAAUUAGUCAGUGCUGUGGGAAUUGGAAGUGUUAUUUGGAAUCGAGCGCUCUAUAAUAACAACGUUGUGGUGGUGGCGGUGUCAGUCACGUUUGUAAAGACGGAUUCUGUAAAAUAAUUGCCCCACAGCUAGACUGGCUCGGAACGGUGAAGCACGGGGGGCAGAGUCUCCCGAUACAUCACCGGAAGGCGGAGCCACCUGCUGGUGGGCCCCUUGGUCAGCGAUGGGUUGCUUCGGAUCGGCUGGAUCGAAACAGUCGGACUCGAACAGUUCCGAGGACACGAAAAGUCAAAAGCGACGGAGCGAUGCCAUCACGCGACAGCUGCAGAAAGAUAAACAGGUUUACAGAGCCACUCAUAGACUGCUAUUACUUGGCGCCGGUGAAUCCGGCAAAUCAACAAUCGUUAAGCAAAUGAGAAUAUUGCACGUUAAUGGAUUUUCUGACACAGAGAGAAAGCAGAAAAUUGAAGACAUCAAAAAGAAUAUCAGAGAUGCCAUAUUGACAAUUACUGGUGCAAUGAGCACAUUAACACCUCCUAUUCCAUUAGAGAAACCAGAGAAUCAAACUCGAGUAGACUACAUACAAGAUUACGCUUCAGGUCCCGACUUCAACUAUCCACCGGAGUUUUAUGAAAAUACUGAAGAAUUGUGGAAAGAUCGUGGCGUACAGCAGACUUACGAGCGAUCGAAUGAAUACCAAUUGAUCGAUUGCGCUAAAUAUUUUCUGGAUCGUGUUAGUGAAAUCAAACAGCCUAAUUAUACUCCAACCGAACAGGAUAUACUUAGAUGUCGUGUUUUGACGUCCGGUAUAUUCGAAACUAGGUUUCAAGUUGAUAAGGUUAACUUUCACAUGUUCGAUGUUGGCGGUCAGCGGGACGAACGACGUAAAUGGAUACAAUGUUUUAAUGAUGUCACUGCAAUUAUAUUUGUGACGGCGUGCUCUAGUUAUAAUAUGGUCCUUCGUGAAGAUCCUACACAAAAUCGGCUAAGAGAGUCUCUGGAACUGUUCAAAAGUAUUUGGAAUAAUAGGUGGUUACGAACAAUAUCCGUAAUAUUGUUCUUGAACAAACAAGACUUGCUAGCGGAAAAAAUAAAAGCUGGCAAAAGCAAACUUUCCGAUUACUUUAGUGAGUUUAAUCGUUACCAGACACCGGCUGACGCCGUUUGUGAAAUGGGAGAAGAACCAGAAGUAAUUAGGGCGAAAUAUUUUAUAAGAGAUGAAUUUUUGCGUAUAUCGACAGCCAGCGGUGAUGGCAAACACUACUGCUACCCGCACUUCACCUGUGCGGUAGAUACUGAAAACAUCAAAAGAGUUUUCAACGAUUGUAGAGACAUCAUUCAGAGAAUGCAUCUGCGACAGUACGAACUGUUAUAGAUAUACUUAACGAUUUUGAUGCAACAUGGUAGUUUCAUUUUAGUUGUGUCUGUCGUAAAAAUAUCAAACCUAGCCAAACUUUACUAAUUUUAUAUAAAAAGUAAACAAAUAAUGAUUAUUCAUUAAUCAGAACAAAAAAACGGGAACCUAUGCAAACUAAACAAAACAAAUAAAAAAAUAAAUAAAGGCAAGACAAACAAGCUAAUCAACAAAAAACAGUGAUUUGAACAUGAAUUAGCUCAUUCAUGUAAUCGCAUCCAGACGCACCCUGGCCGGAACGGAAGUAGUGAUGAAAUGGAAAGACUUCCGAUGGUGAGAGCUUCGCUAGAGGCCGGCUAAUCUAAGUUUGUAGUCGAACCCAAACACAACUAACAAGCACACACAUACACACACGUAAGUAACGAUUGUAUCUUGAACUGGAGAGAAAUCAGCGAUUUGUUCUCACAUACCGAAAAUUCUGGAAUCGCUCGAGAAGAUUGUAGUAAAACUAAAACAACAAAAUAAUCUGUAGUCACCGUCGUUACUAUUAACUGCAAACAUGCAAAUAUGAUAACAAGCAUCAAACUAAAGAUUGAUAGAGAAAAAAAUAAAAUGGGUGUAGUUAAAUACUGAAAGUAAGGAUAGUGUGAAAGAGAUAGCAAAGAUUCACCGCCAUAUAAAGAAAUUAAAGAAUAAGAAAAGGAACACACGCAAACAAAACCUAGCAAAUCGCUUAUAGACUUUUCAGUGAAUAACAAAAGAAAAAAAAACAAACAUAUGUAUGUUGUAUAAGCAUAAAUAGUAAUUAAUGAAAGAGGAAGUCAUGUCGUUGUCAUGCUAGUGGCGAAAAAAACUAAGUCUUAGUAGUCUGUAAACUGUUUUUAUUUUUUGAUUAAUUUUAGUUUUUUGAUGGAAUGGUAGUGCAUAAAAAAAAGAACAAACUUAACAAUCGAGACACACAAAACGCAUGCAGAACACCUACAUACAAAGAUACAUGUAUACAUAUUUAGAUUACACUCAGCAAGCUGUAAAAUAAAUUUUGAAAACAAAUGAUGGUAAGCCGAACAGGUUUGUUAUUUUACUAGAGCACUAUUUUUUAUUUUUUUUCUCGUUUAGAAGAAAGCUGCUUCUAAUUUCGUCCAAAAAUCAUUACGCAUUAUUGUUGUAGAGCUAUUUCCAGUAUUUUUUUAAUUAUUGUAACUUGUAUACAAAUAUUAAAAGUAAUAUAUAUAUAUACAUGAGAAGAAGAUAAGUUUAUUGAUUCUUCAAUUGUGCUCAAAAUGUGUUUCUUGUUUUUUUUGGGUUAAAUUGUGAAUCCGUAUUUUAGAGUUGGGCUGUACAUUCAUAGUCAACUUGAAACAAAACGGUUUUUGUGGAAAUUUUUAGCAACAAAAUUAAACUCAAAUGUGCUUACAAAAACAAUGGAAAAAUUUGUUUUCUAUUCCUACCAUAGUAGGCGGACCAAAGACGCUAUAGUUUUUUAUGCUCUAUUGUAGAAAGUAGAUUACUAUUUACUUUCAAUUGCGAUGCUGACAGUCAAAACUGGCAAAUUAUGAAUUUUUCUAUACGUCACAAAUAUUUAUCUCAUAAUAGGGUUCUAGAAUUUUAAUGAAAGAAACAAGUAAACAAAUUUUAGCAAUUGGAGAAUCAGUGCAUCAUUUUUCCAUGCAAUUCUAUAUAUAUCGUUUUAGAAAAUUUUAGCUUCCUUGUUGCAAUCAAAAGAGAGAGAUAGAGAGGAAAUAAAUAUCAGAUGAAUAUUAUUUGUUUACGUAUUUAAUAAUUUAUAAUGUAGAUGUUUUAUGUUUAUCCUGUGACAUAUAUAGUAAAAUAAACGGUAAAAAGGCAAACAAUAAAAAUAGUAGACAAAAAGGUAGGGUAAAUUUCAAAUUAGCAGCUUAACGAAAAUGCAAAUGAUAACAAUCAGCGCAUAAGAACUGUUGUUGCACGAAUAUGGAACGAGGUAAUAACAGCAAAUCAUUGGACAGAAAAAAAAACAUGUGAAAGUUAUGCAGAACCCGGAAAAAGAAGAAAAAAUGGAUCUGAAUCUCGGAACCUGCAGGUCCGAAAAUAUGGUGUCAGAAUGGUUAAGAUUCUAUGCCCUCAACAAAUUACGUAAAUCGCAUUUGAUUUCCUAGUUUGUCAUUACAUAUUAUUUAUUUUUUUAGAAGGUGAUAAUCAAAGCAGUGUACUAUCACAGAAGGGCGGUGAUGGGGAAAUGAUCGAUUUUGAUUUACAAUUGAUUACACACGAAUUUUACUGCCCUGCUGCAGGAUUCAAUUCACUGCACCUGCACAAGUCUCAAAAAUAUACUUUGUCGUACAGUAAUAAAAGCCCUGAUCUUCAAAAAGCCAAUUUUGAAAUGAUACGCAACAAAUUACAAUUACGCAGCAUUAGAAGAUUUCAUACAGAAUAUGCGUUGUUGGAAGGAAAGUUGGCAGAAAAAUAAUCUUGUAAUGUUCUGGACCAAAAAAAAAACAAUACAUCACAAGCCACAUAACCGUGUCAUGAAAUAAUAUUUUAGUAAAAAUAUCGCCCACUAACACUGUGUCAUAUACCUAUUUUAAUGCAAAAUUUUAUUAGGAAAAUUUGUUAAAUAUCAUUGAUGGCUUGUGUUUCAAUUAUUUUAAUCAUUUAUGCAUCAUUAAUUUUUUUGUUGCAAUCUAAGAAAACCUUUCCAUCCUAUCCAUAGUCCCAUGCAUACUGCAGUUGUAAAACCGUUACAUAGGUAUCACAGAAAUGCUUACAAAUAAAGAAAUACAAACAUGCAGCCAAGUAGACCAGAAAGAAUCUAAAAAGUGUCGAAGGUGAGAGUGAAAAUACUUCAGAAAGAUGUCUAGAUUAUACUGUUAUUUAUUUUAGUCCGUUUUCACAAAACGCUAAACCUUGUUGAAUUCAUAAUCAAAAAAAUAAUACGUUCUCUACCAUCCCCUCCCAGAGAAAACUAGAUUUUAUUGUUAUCUAUUCUAAAUAUUUAAGUCGAGAGCGAUUGUAAGCAUAAGGUUUUAACAAACAAAGUAAGAAACCUUCACAAACACACAUGCAGAAAUAAUAGGAAAAGAAUGCAUACAGAAAAGAAAAUAGAAGUAACUGUGUAUAACUCUUUUAUAUAGUUGUGUAGAGUAUAUAUGAGAAAAAAAUAUGGAAGGAUACAAAAUUAAGAAAAGAAAAUAGUCAUACCCGUAGAGAAAAAAAAAAGAUACAAAGUCGCACAAAUAGAGAAGAAAAUUCAAUCCAAAAAUGAGAAAAUAAAGCAAGCAGAAA